ACAAGCUGAAACGCUGCACUGCAAGUUGUGCAAGCUGAGGGCUCUGCUGUAAGAAUCUGAGCACCAGAAGGUCUUCUAGCAACAAAACAGCAGUGGUGCACAUCCACAGUGCAUACAGUUUUUGAUACUUUAUGCAAAUCCCUACAUUUAUCAGUCUGCUUAGGUAAGAAGUAAGAUGGAAAGAGGCUUUCCAACUAAAGCUAAAUGCCCACCUGCCGAUCGAGAAAAAGGGCAUGUGUGCUGGAUUUGGUGUAGGAGGGAACAAAGGUGAGGUCGCUGCUGAGUGCAAGCACAGGUGUAACUUAAUGAAGUGCAGAGUGCCCCAUCCUCUGAAGACCUCCUAAUCAGAGACUCUCAUUCUGCCCAAAACCUUCUGGCUGGCUUGCUGCCUUACACCUGUUCCUCAAGAACACACAAACUGGCUGCUUGAACCAAAGCAGUGUGAAACAGAGACAAGCAGAAAGAACAAAAAAUGAGUGUUUCUGGAGAAAGGAAGGAAGGGAGCACAUGGCACUGCACCCAAGGAAUGGAUAGGGCACUGGGGUGUUUUUGAACAGAAUUUGCCAUCUGCCAGCUGCACGGGUGAGUCCUGAGCCAGACAUGAGGAAGGUCCAUACAGGCAGCAGCACAGAGCCAAAAACUGACAGAAGAAACCGACAGCAAGAAAUUGGCAACCCUGCCCAUGGCAGGGGGAUGGAAUUAGAUGAUCCUUAAGGUCCCCCCCACCCCAAGCCAUUCUAUGAUUCUAUGACAGGCGUAGUGAAGCUGCAGGAAGUAUUGCAAAGACAACAGAGGAAAAAGUAUGAGCACAAGAGGGCUGUUUUCAACAUCAGGUAAUAUGACAGAAAGGAAAUGCUGUUAAUUCAAGAGUGGAUUAUUUACAAAUAUAAAUGUCCAAGUGAGUUGGUCACACAAUAUAUUUAUAAAUCCCUAGUGCAGCUCUGAUGCAGGCUAGCAACUUCCAAGAGUUGUCAAAGGAACACUGGACUGGCAGGGACCCAACCAGCCCCCUGCUAUCCUGAAUAACCUCACCACAAACUAUCAGAUGUAAUCCCAAUGUGCUUGCUCUCCAGUCUCCCAUCAGACACCUCUGAAUUGACUAUCUAGCCAGACUGAGAUGUAGCUCUGUGUCCCUGCAGUGCUGUGCUGUACUUGCUGUACUCCCCAGCCUACUCGCCCUGGCACUUACUCAGCUGCACCAAGCUCUGCAGGCAGGUGGUAGAUUAAAGAGGUCUGGACCACCUGUUACUCACAGGCCUGUCACAUGCAGCUUUCUGAUAGGCUUUUCUUGCUAUGGGUGCAGCAGAGAUGCUGAUUUGUUCUUUGAGACUGUCAGAGUUGAUAUGUUUAACCUGGAAUGAAAGGAAGAAAAAGAAAAUGGAUCUGGAAAAGGAUCACCCAGCCUAUGACUCCCCUAUAUAUUUGCUAUUCAUACAGUCAGUUACACUGGGUCAAACAGAGUAAUGGUAGAAGAUACUAAAGUGGAAGAAGUAUGUUUUCAGCUUCACAGUUGUUUCUCAUGAAAGGGAAUCUAGACUUGAGCUUACUGGCAUGAGAAAUAACAAAAAUGUUAGUUAGUAAUACCCACAGAGAAUUUUUAGGUACCAUUUUCUUAAACACUAAUUAAAGAAAGCAAGGCACAUUUAUUAACAGAUCUGUAUGUUUAUCUGCCUGUUUCUGUAAGAUAAGCAAGGUUUUAUCAGCAUUUGCAUGGAAGAUCUCCAAGUAAACAAAUCCAGCAAAGAAAAAAGAGCAGCCCAUCAGUUUGCUAACACUACCGGAGGCCAUCACAUGAUGCUCUCUUUCAGGCUGUCUAGACUAAGUUGUGGCUGUGAGUGGGCAAAGCUGAUGCCUGAAUUUUCAGCCAGUGAGAGAAAUGCCCGUCCCUGACGAAUUGCUCAACAUGCAGGACAAAAAAGAUGCCAAGUUCCUGUGCUCAUUCCUUCCGGCAGAGCUAGGAGAGGAGAAAAGCAAGCUGUUCUUGGGCAACAGUCCUUUUUGCUUCUGUCUGGACUCCUCUCUUGCCCCCUUCUCUGCUGGACAGACAUGGAGAAACUCAUGUACCUCAUCUUGGUCUUCUUGUCAGCAUCCUGCGCUGCGGAGAACAUCACUCUGGUGUACGGAAUGGAGGGGGGGACCAUAUCUGUGAACUGCACCUACAACCCCCGGCAGCAGCGGUGGAGAGAAAAGAGCUGGUGCAAGCAGAUUGAUGAGAGCAAGUGCCAACACGUGGUGAGCGCCCGCCGCUUCUGGCUGCCUUUCCUGAAGAACAGGAAUGGCACCACUUCCAUCAGCGACAACAUCCAAGACGGGAUCCUGACAGUGACCAUGAGGCGGCUCAAGAAGCAGGACGCCGGGCUGUACCAGUGCAAAACUGAUUACCUGGGGGAAACGAACACCUUACAGAAGGUACAAGUGGAUGUGCUGACAGCUGUCCUGGAGACCCAAAUCCCAGAGGAACCCAGUGCUGUGCAGAGCAUCUCCAGCACCCCUCCUGAAGCUGAUUUCACGGUCCUCUACAUCAUUGCUGGAUUACUGGCUACUAAGUUUGUGGUGGCUGUGCUGAUCUUUAUCAUUAGCAACAGCAGGAAAAAUAGAGAGACAGAGCAGAACAAGCUAAGCUUGAAUGAACAGCAGGUCCGUUUCCCUGGUGACCUAGUAGAGCAUGCACAUGGUGGAAUCAGCCCCUCCUGGGAGAACACUGCUUAGAGCUGAACUAAAGAGAAUCAAGAGGGAAAUGAACAUCAAGCUUUUUCUAGCAAAGCUUUGCCUCCUGCUGUAAGAAAAGAAAAGCAUCGCCUACUAAAUACAGGUACUGACAAACCUAUCACUCUGGAGAGGGAAUGUCACCAUCUACCACCUUCUCUCGUUGCUGCUGACCAGCCUUCUCCAACACAGCCAAACUGAAAUGAUACUGCCAGUAACACCUGAAACCGAUGGAAGGGGAUGGGACUGAGGGAUGGGCUGGGAGGAGGGAGGAAGAUUAAAUCUUUUUGUCAAGAGAUCCAACACAAACCUACCCCCGUGGCAGAGAUGCUUCCCCAGACACAGUAAAGCACAGAUAACGCUUUGCUGUAAGUAAAACCACAGAUGCACCAAUGAACAUAAACAAGAGUUCAACUUAACACAUCUCAAACACCUUGUACUUUUGUGCACUCGCAAACACAUACACCCAGUGCAAAAACGAUAAGAUAUCGUUCCAUCUCAAAACUCCAAGGAAGUUUUGAUUCGUUGAAGAACAGUGCUGAACAGUUCAAAGCUUUUUUUCAGAAUGUCCUACACGUGUCUACAGAACCCCUGAAUGCUUCUCCCACAAGUACAAAGUGUAAGUGAAAGUAUGUGGUUCUACUGAAAGCUAGUAUUGUUGUCUAGAAAUCAGUUUUGCAACGGAGACUGCUGUCUAUAAAGACUGAUGUUUUUGCCAUACUUCUGGCAAUGCAGUGCUCUGCUGUCACCUCCAGUCGCUGCCAGUAACUACACCAUGCUACCAGGCAGUGAUUCCAAGUGCUUAUCCCCUGCACCAUUCCGCUAGGGUGAGAUCUAUCAGUGCUGUGUCAUCUCAGAGUACUGCUGGGUGACAGAUUCUCUUCUUCCAAGAUUCCAAAGAUUUCCUUGCACAGAGUGGAUCCUUAGCGGACAGUCAGUGUGGAAAGGAACACAGAACUGCAGAACAGAACAAGGAGAUGUGAAAUCUACACACAGCCCUGAGCCCGUUUCCUCAUUUCUCAAAUCAUUCCAUGAAUAAAUGAUCCUUCUCUGUACUUCUACCUGCACCUUUUCUACCUUCUCAAGGGGAUCACUGCUCGUCACUCCCCAGAAUGAAGCUGCAAUUACCUGUCCCAAGAAGAAACCAAACCCAAUGCCGUUCACACUUCUUCCUUUUGUCUACAAAGCUAAAUAAAAUCAAACUGAUUAUCUUA